CAAGAGCCCGAACGCGCCAGCCAGUGCGGAGGAGAUCACGAGCGAGGGUGCUACGCAGCCAAGGGAGGUUGACGAGAUGACAGCCCCACACUCAGCCCGUGCACUUGAUCAGAGUGAGGCUAGCCCGUCGAUUGGAGGACUUCAUGCUAUAGCGCUUGGACACGGUGAGACCACUCUGCCCACCCAAGCCAAGUCAGACGUACUCGAGCGGAGUGGGCUGGACUUAGCACGCGGGGCUCAGCUUGCUGGACACACCAUGGAGACAGGGUGUUCUGGACAGAGACUGACGAGUUCCAGACUGUCAAACAGAGGACGCACGGACAGGACAGGAACAGGGGUCGUUCAGGCGUUCAGAACAGAGACAGAGCUGACAGACAGGACGGACAGCCACAGGACAGGCACAGAGGAUGUCCUGGCGUCCGGAACAGAGACAGUCCAGGAAACUGAGACGGGCAGAUACGAAGGCCGUCUAGACCGAGUCUAGACGGAGUGGGUUAGGACCCAGGCGAGGCACCGAGGCAGCACCCAGGAGCGGAAGAGAGACCCGAGUUGGAGUCUUGUUGGUAGGCCGUCUCGGCCGUACCGAUUCACUUUGUACAUGUUUUAUUUCAGCUUUUGCUCUUGUACCGGGACGGUUCAGGGGCGUCCCGAGUCACUUAGCCUUUAUAAGCUAAGUGAUGGAACUUUUACCCAAAGUUUUUGCAUAAUAGAAUUGGGUUUUCUUCUCUCUCGUGUGAGAGCUUGUCACCAUGGGCGGCUGCCAUGCCUGCCUUCCCAAAACCUGCAACUCCCUUCAUCUCUGAGAAGCCUUAGGCCGGAGAAGACGCCGGAGUGCGGUCGGAAAGACGAGCAACCAGAGGGCUGGCGCCGGAGGCCAGCACCGGACGCUCGGCUGCGAGUUCUUCCUCUCCCAUUUGCUGAAAACGGAGGUUCUGUGAAGCCCCAGGCCGGAACCGUGGAGACGACGAUCGGAGUGCUGGUAGCUCGACCACGGAGCUGCUGUGAGGCUGCGUUCGUCAAGGGAGAGCAGCGGAUGUGGCUGCGCUGGUUUCAGCAACGCCUUCCCUGCUGAAAACGACAUCCGGCGGUCUUCAAGAGGUAAGCCUUGAUCUCCGACGGCUUCCUCUCGUUGUCCGUUCGUUCCAGAAGGUGGCUCUAACGCUGCUGACGCCGGAGGUGCUUCUAACUCGUUUGGAAUCCACCGAAGGUAGCUCGGGCGAUUGUCGCUGGAUUGAAGAGUCGUUCGAUCGGUUUUAACGACUGUGAGCAGCGCAUUCGGGCGGAAUCCUUCCGUUCGUCUAACACUGUGAGCAGGGAUUCAAAUCGAUGGGAGACUAAGCGAUUUCUGUAGCAUGUGUUUACUCUUGCUUCUGUAAUGUUAUUGCUGCGAGAAAUCGAGGAGAAACGCAAAGGAAUCGGAAGGAAAACGAAAAACGGAAUAGCCUUCAACCGGUUUCUGUAAAACAGUCCCUGAACCCUGAUAAAACGCGAAUCUGAAGAAAUACAGAGAGGGUUUUGAUGAUCCGACGCUUCUGUGACUUUCCCCUCAUCAAUACGAAACCAAUGAACCCGGAAUGAGCCAAAUCCGACAAGAAAUGAGGGAGAUAUCGCAGUUUGAAUAGCCUGGACUGUUUCCCCCAAUUUUGCCGCCGACCAGUCCCUGGAAACCUGCAAAUCUGAAGAAAAUGGUGUACAAUCUCGACGAUCGGCCACUGUGGUUGCCUUCCUAACUUCCUUACGCACAUUUCAAGCUAAGGAGGCCCAAAAUCCGACGUCGGAUGACCGAGAUAUGAUCGACGGCCUGAAUCUGAAAAAGAACGGCGGUGGAAGUCUGUAAUCUCCGCCCGAACGGCGGCAGCGCCCCCAUCUUCACUAGAAUUUGGGGAAAACCACCAAAUCCGGUGAUCUGACUAUCCUCCUUCGUUCUAAUCUGUUGUUCUUGCUCUAUUCCUGAUAUCUAAUGCUUGGAUUAACGUUUUGAUUGAGAAUGAUCACCCGGAGAAUCGAUUGAAGCUCUGGAAUCCUUCCUGCACCCGCCUGAGUGGAUGAACACUGCUGCAGCGUCGCGUGCCUUCCAGGAGCUAUCACCUGAGAGCGAAUCUGAGCCGGGCCUCUUGGGAGUUCCUUCCUUGGUGUCUUAGGAGUCUCCCGGUGAAAUCUGGCAUUCAUUGGACGAAGGAAAUGACUGGAACAAAGAUCUGAAGCCGAAGCUGUCUGAACCAUUUCCUGUCGUCCUGAACAGAGCUCCACCUUGCGGCGUCCAGCUCCAAAACUGCUCAACGUCUUGCCCAAGGAGGUCUUGUUUGGGCCCAAUCUUCUGGGCGUCCAAACCUUGGUGUGUCAGCUCCCUUCAAACCAAAUUUCAGGAUUUUUGGGUGUCUGGAUCAACGGGAAUGAAUUUUUGAAGACGGACUACUCUGGAACUCGCCUGCGUUCCGUUCUGUUCCUGAACAGAGCCUGUUGACUGUGACAGUUCGGCGCCUUCAGCCUUCAACGACUUGACCUUAGAGGGCUCCGAUUGCAGUGAUUUUUGGAGCGUCCCUUCAUAAUCAUCAGAGGCAGCUACCCACCAAAUUUCAGCCCAAUCCGAGCUGUGGAUGAUUUUUAAUGAUUUUUGGAAGAUCGGCAAAGCCUGAGAAUCCAGAACCUUCACCAGAGAACCAGGGAGCUUAAGCUGUCCAGGACAGCGCGCGUGCUUCGGCGUCAAUCGAAGCUUGCCUCACCCCUUCAUCGUCUAGCUCCAGGGGUUUAAUCCUCAAUCUGGUGACGCCUCUCCACCUUCGAAAUACUGCUCUUAAUCUUUGCCUUUGUCAGUGAUUCGCUCGCCCUUGUUUGAAGUGCAUUGUAGCCCAACGGUGGAAGGUGUUGCGGACAGCAGGGCCUAAUCCAUUGCAGCUACACCGGUUAGGAGACAUAGCUUACGCCGGGCUAAGCGGCGCUUGCCUCCCCCUAAACUCAACAACGAACAGGGGUAGAACGUUCUCACGGUGAAGUCUCCUAACGAUGCUUGGGAAUACUCCGUUUCCUUGCUAUUUUCGACAGUAACCUUCUCUAUUCAUUUUCUGGAGUGUAUUGCUGAGAAGGAGGAGCAGUCCAGCAACCGUGUGCUGAGCUGAUCCCGGGAGAAGAAGGGUGUACGCUGUCACCUUGUCAGCGCUAGCUUCCCCCUACUUCAUCACAGCACUAGGGGUUCCAACGUUUCCAGCUAAGUGCAAUCCCUUCUCCCGUCUUGAGUUGCUGAAUUACAAAACAGUAACUAUGCUGUCUAUGUCUUGAGCAAGGAGGAGAGACCAACUUGAACGGGCACCUCGCUUGCGAAGACCGACGUGCUGAUUACCAAGGGGCUUUGGCCUUUGCCCUUGGUCGCUUGCUGAACUAGCUUCAGCCAGGUAGGCACCCGAAUCACCCUAUAGAUUCGAGGGCGGGUGCACUUGUUUUCAGCCUUGCCUCCGGGCGUGUAGUGCUGGGGUUACCUCCAAAGCUCGAUAGCUAAGGACACGAACCCGGACUACGGACCUUCCUAGGGUGCAUGGUGAUGGUUUGCACGUCCUAGGGAUUGUAUGAAUGGUUUGAUACGAAUGAUGAAUGCUGGAUUGAGUGAGGAAUGAGCUAUUGUUGUACGCUACGCUUGUACGGCCUCGAACCCAACUUGUUGUAGUAGGUUCAGACCUAGUUUAGCAAAGGGUAAACCAUUCCUUGUAUCCUUACCCAAGGGCAUUUGAGCUGGGAUUGUGUCCAGCCGGGGUUGAAAUUUUGUAAGGCCAAACUUGGGCCAGCUACAUUACCACUAAGAGGUCUUGGGAGGUUACGUUCGUCGGCGGCUUUGAGGCGCUACAAGGGCGGAUGUAACAGUUUGGUAUCAGAGCGGCUUAGUGCGUUUUCUUGUUCAGAUUUGGUCAGCUAAGGCUGCAAAGAGUUACGGUUUGAGCAGCUUAAUCUUCUGAAAUUCGGUCUUGAAUAGAGGGUUCAUCCCAGUCAUGGGGCGCAAGGAGAAGCAGCCGGUUAGGGAGGUAGAGGAAACCGAAAUCGAAGAAGAGGGAGCCACCGCUCCUCAUGUAGACCCUCAACUCACCCUCCCUUCAUCUGAUUUAAGCACUUUAAUAACAUCUAUACAGCAGCUUACAGCCCAGCAAGCGGCAUUCAUGAAAGAAACUCAAAUCAUACAUGAGCGAUUAGCUCAUAACCAAGAAGAAAUGAGAGCCCAAAGUGAGAGGUUGGAUCGCAUUGAAAGGAGAUCACAAGGGGCCUCGGUACAUGGCCCGGGCCCUAUUCCCCAACCUGCCCGUCCGAACUCACCCAGCACUUCUCAAGAGAGGCCUAAAGAAACCAACCCCCUAAGUGUCCCGGAUUUACUAAAAGGGCUUCAACAACUCAUCUCACAAGCCACGGGAGCACCUAGUGGAGGAACCACUCUUGUAGGAGAGGGUCGGCCUUCACCACGAGGGGAGGAAAACAGAAAUACAUUCCAUCCUCCUCCUAGGCCAGCUGGAGAAGAGGGUCAUGAGCAAAGACAAGGGGUAGUUAGGCCACUAAGACCCCAGCCCGAGAGGAGAGGACUCCAUGAUCCACAUACCGAGUCGGAUGAACUAGGAGAAGACGAGGAAGGCUUCUACGAUGAUGGAGGCUAUCCUUACGUGCGAGGGCAGCUCCCACGUAGAGGAAGGAUGCGAAGGGGCAGACAAGAGAGACCACGUGAUGAGGCACCCUUGCCUCUUCCACGCAUGGAAUGCCCGACGUUCAAUGGGACCAAAGUACGUGAUUGGGUAUGCAAAGUUGAGAAGUAUUUCCAAUGCCAACGAGUUGCCCAUGAACAGAAAAUCGACCGAGCUAUGAUGUAUUUUGAGGACAAUGCCCUUCAUUGGUAUCAAUAUACCAUGAGGAAGACGCCAAACCAAGGAUGGGACCAGUUUAGAGCCGGUUUGAUAGAGAGGUUUGAGAGAGCCAGCCAACGCGACUUCAAUGUUCAGUUAAACAGCCUUAAACAAACGGGGACGGUGCUUGAAUACCAAGAUCAGUUUGAGAGGUUGUCAUGUCUUGUGGAGGACUGGAAUGAAGAUGCCCUCGUGGGGGCCUUUAUUGCUGGAUUACAACCAGAAAUCCGUCUAGCCGUUCAAACGCAAGAGUCAAGAGACCUUCGAAUUUGCAUGAAGGUGGCUAGGGAUAAAGAAGAGAAAAUGGAGCUUAAACGUGCCAUAAGGAAGGAUGCAAAAGGGUAUGACCCACAUCGGGCCAGAACCCUCGUUCACUCCAAAGCUAACUUCAAGAAGAAGGCUACACCCCCACCCCAACAUCCCCCACGCAAGGUCACUUACAUCACCAAGGAAGAAAGAGACCGACGAUUUCAGCAAGGGCUAUGCUAUAAUUGUGAAGAAAAAUGGCACAAGGGCCAUGAGUGCAAAAAGAAACGGCUGUAUGCAGUUCUUGAGGAUGAUGAGGAACCACCCACCGAUGAUGAUUCUAGUGAGGAUGAGGUUCCACCGGAAGUCUUAGUUGAGGCAGCCAUUGGAGAGGAAACGUCUUGCCACUCCUUGACCGACCCUAGUAAAGCCAAAGCAAUGAGAGUUAGAGGGUAUGUCAACCAAACCAGACUUGUAGUCCUCCUAGACUCGGGGGCCACUCAUAAUUUCAUGAGUCUAGAAGUGGCUAACAAGUUGGGAUGCCGCAUUGAGCCUCAAGCUCCGUUUACAGUUAUGGUAGGCGAUGGGUCCAAGCUCCCUUGCGAAGGAAGGUGCAAAGACCUAGAACUUGUGAUGAACAAGGUGCCCUUCAAGGUGGACGUGUUUGUUUUACCUCUUGGAGGAGUCGACAUAGUGUUAGGCAUUCAAUGGCUGGAAACCUUGGGUGUAAUCCAUUGGGACUUUGCUAACCUCCGAAUGAGUUUCACGAAAGAUGGCGAUGAGGAAAGAGUCACGUUGACAGCCACGAACUCAAGCGUGAAGCCACGGGCAGCCCUCAAGGCGUUAGUGGCUCAGCAGCCCGCAUUUUGGUUAGUGGCUAUGGCCACGGAUGUGCCAGCCAAGGAAGAGCCAACAGAAAUAGUUCCCAUCGAAAUUCAGCAUGUGUUGAAAGAUUUCAUUGAUUUAUUUGAAGAGCCAUCUUACGCUAGUGAGGACUGCGAUCCUAUUGAGGAGAUGGAUGAAGAGGAAGGUGAUGAUCAACAAACCGGUUCUGAGAGUUCCGAUCAAGGAGAUGAAUACUCCAAAGCGAGCCAACAUAGUGAGGAUGAACGGUUGACUACCAAUGAAAUCGAGGAUCAGUCAAGUGAUGAAUCUUGCAAAGAAUGGGGAGACGACUAUGGGGAUCCAUCCCCUAAUGACCAUUCCAGUUCUUCACCCCAUGAGUAUCGUGGGUUCACUUUGGCUGAAACAAGGUUGUAUCACCCCCGAAUCAGCAACUUCACGUUCGGGUAUGCAACUAGUAGUGGGACAACUCACAAGAGGGAAUCCAACUAUUGUGAACCACUACUGCCCUUAGUUGGUCAUAAUAGAUUGCAUAAUUACAGCCCACAAAAUUCAACGAACCCCUUGAGGUGUGGGCCAACGAAGGCAGCAAGCUUACAGCCCUCUACUGCCAUUUCGCUUCAGUCAACCAGCAGCCAUUCAAAGCCAAAUAAAAAUCAGAAAAUCCACAACCGAGCAGAUCAGCAAAAAGGGAACAAGCUGAAAGAUAUUUUGGCAACCUCAGAUUUAGGAAGGAGGCCUAAGCCCCGAACAAGGAGUAACUUUGUAAAUGGUCCUUCACUGAAAACAGGGAACCGAAAUCAACAACUUUCAAAGGAACCAUUGAAAGAUCCCCUACCAGCAGCGUAUAAUUUGCGGGAGGCAAUAAGGAAGAUUCAGUCCUCUACCAAACCCGAUAAAAUGCAGCAACAAAAAAAGACCAGCAGUCGUGUUCCUGUUCGGAACAAGAUGCCAAUUCCAGCAAAGCUUGAACGCACUAAACAUGCUAACGUCUUGAGCGCAAGUCCAGCCAUGGUACGCAAGAAAGAACAGGUUGCUAAGGCACCCGAGGGAGCAAAGGUGGGUGAUGAUGGUACAGCCACCAUUAGAGCGCAACCACCAGCCGAGAAGCCCCAUUUCACUCUAACUGAUGCGUUGACCAUGAUUAGACGGAUUGUAGUGAAGAAUGACGAACUAUUAGAGCAAAUGUACGUCCAACGACAGAAUGAGCAAAGAACCUUCCUAAGUGCGUCAGCUCAUGGGCAAGGCAAUGGCCCCCAACAAGAGCAGGCUGAGAAUUCGGAUGAAUCGGAUGAAGAGGAUGAGGCUGUGGCAACCCGUGAGAAACCAACCGGUCAAUUCCCGACUUCUAAGGAUAAAAUUUCAGAUUUAUUAAAGGACCUGAAAACGGGUGAGCAUCAAACUCUAGAAAGGCGAAAUGAAAACAUUAAGAAUGCUGAAAUCCAUGAGAACAAAGAGCUCGCCCCUAUGGACCACAUUGGGGUAGCGGCAACCCUUUAUGAUCAGCUGGAAUCAAUACCAUGGAGUACCUUCACAGCGAGUGAGGCAUCAUCUAAGGAGGAUGGCGAUGACAACACAAAUUUUUCAGCCCGUAAGAAUGGGAACUGUGGCCAGCUAGAAGGGGCAGAUCUUGGGCAGAACGUGUUGAAGCAACUCCCAAACACCACCUUCGUUCUUAAGACUAAUAAUAGUCUUCACAUGCCAACGUUUGCACAUUAUCUUAAGGCUGAAGUGCACCCACAAGUUAGGCUGAUUUUUGACCAUGGAAAGUCCAUACAAGGGUCGGCAACAAAAUGUUAUAAGGAACUUCACAAGAGAAUGGAGUCCCAACUUGGACGACUCCCGAUCGAUUAUGGACCGUGCUACCCUCUACUAUUGAUAGGAUGGUUCAAGGCCAAACUGGAAAACGAAUUGGCAGCACUUGGAGAUCGUUGUAGGGCAAGGCCAAAGAGGCUUAAAGGCCAAGUCUAUGAUCGAGGAAGGUUGCAUGGGGCAGCAAUAUUAAGUGACAACCCAAGACAUCAAGACCAGCGAGGGACAUUACUGGGGCUGUUGCAGCGGGAUUAUGGACCAGCUAGAAGCAAGGCCUGGCUGGAUAAGAGUGGUCGGCUCACCCUAGGGGACUGCCAAGGUCGAGCUUGGGGACAAGCUCGUUCUAAGGGGGGGUGGAUCUGUUACAGGUCCGCCUAGGAGUUGGCCGAGGACUGCCGACGAUGCCGCCGAUGGCCGACCGGGUGACGAGACCAGCCAGCUACAAGGCCGGACGAGCGUCGGCCACGAGCGCCGAAGAGGGCCGAGCACGGCCGAAGGUGGCGCGGGCCAGCACACCGUCGCGAGGCUGCCGAGAGAUGAGGGCGCCGAGCGCCCACGCCGAGCGGGGAAAGCACCCGCAACCACUGACCCUGCUUCCUUUUGUUGUGAGGCUAACGUGUUUUGCAGGGCGCGGGACCGGCACGCAAAGGAGGUUACCCGUGGAGAGGUCACGGCCGCGGUUGCCGAUGACGACGCCAAGAGCCCGAACGCGCCAGCCAGUGCGGAGGAGAUCACGAGCGAGGGUGCUACGCAGCCAAGGGAGGUUGACGAGAUGACAGCCCCACACUCAGCCCGUGCACUUGAUCAGAGUGAGGCUAGCCCGUCGAUUGGAGGACUUCAUGCUAUAGCGCUUGGACACGGUGAGACCACUCUGCCCACCCAAGCCAAGUCAGACGUACUCGAGCGGAGUGGGCUGGACUUAGCACGCGGGGCUCAGCUUGCUGGACACACCAUGGAGACAGGGUGUUCUGGACAGAGACUGACGAGUUCCAGACUGUCAAACAGAGGACGCACGGACAGGACAGGAACAGGGGUCGUUCAGGCGUUCAGAACAGAGACAGAGCUGACAGACAGGACGGACAGCCACAGGACAGGCACAGAGGAUGUCCUGGCGUCCGGAACAGAGACAGUCCAGGAAACUGAGACGGGCAGAUACGAAGGCCGUCUAGACCGAGUCUAGACGGAGUGGGUUAGGACCCAGGCGAGGCACCGAGGCAGCACCCAGGAGCGGAAGAGAGACCCGAGUUGGAGUCUUGUUGGUAGGCCGUCUCGGCCGUACCGAUUCACUUUGUACAUGUUUUAUUUCAGCUUUUGCUCUUGUACCGGGACGGUUCAGGGGCGUCCCGAGUCACUUAGCCUUUAUAAGCUAAGUGAUGGAACUUUUACCCAAAGUUUUUGCAUAAUAGAAUUGGGUUUUCUUCUCUCUCGUGUGAGAGCUUGUCACCAUGGGCGGCUGCCAUGCCUGCCUUCCCAAAACCUGCAACUCCCUUCAUCUCUGAGAAGCCUUAGGCCGGAGAAGACGCCGGAGUGCGGUCGGAAAGACGAGCAACCAGAGGGCUGGCGCCGGAGGCCAGCACCGGACGCUCGGCUGCGAGUUCUUCCUCUCCCAUUUGCUGAAAACGGAGGUUCUGUGAAGCCCCAGGCCGGAACCGUGGAGACGACGAUCGGAGUGCUGGUAGCUCGACCACGGAGCUGCUGUGAGGCUGCGUUCGUCAAGGGAGAGCAGCGGAUGUGGCUGCGCUGGUUUCAGCAACGCCUUCCCUGCUGAAAACGACAUCCGGCGGUCUUCAAGAGGUAAGCCUUGAUCUCCGACGGCUUCCUCUCGUUGUCCGUUCGUUCCAGAAGGUGGCUCUAACGCUGCUGACGCCGGAGGUGCUUCUAACUCGUUUGGAAUCCACCGAAGGUAGCUCGGGCGAUUGUCGCUGGAUUGAAGAGUCGUUCGAUCGGUUUUAACGACUGUGAGCAGCGCAUUCGGGCGGAAUCCUUCCGUUCGUCUAACACUGUGAGCAGGGAUUCAAAUCGAUGGGAGACUAAGCGAUUUCUGUAGCAUGUGUUUACUCUUGCUUCUGUAAUGUUAUUGCUGCGAGAAAUCGAGGAGAAACGCAAAGGAAUCGGAAGGAAAACGAAAAACGGAAUAGCCUUCAACCGGUUUCUGUAAAACAGUCCCUGAACCCUGAUAAAACGCGAAUCUGAAGAAAUACAGAGAGGGUUUUGAUGAUCCGACGCUUCUGUGACUUUCCCCUCAUCAAUACGAAACCAAUGAACCCGGAAUGAGCCAAAUCCGACAAGAAAUGAGGGAGAUAUCGCAGUUUGAAUAGCCUGGACUGUUUCCCCCAAUUUUGCCGCCGACCAGUCCCUGGAAACCUGCAAAUCUGAAGAAAAUGGUGUACAAUCUCGACGAUCGGCCACUGUGGUUGCCUUCCUAACUUCCUUACGCACAUUUCAAGCUAAGGAGGCCCAAAAUCCGACGUCGGAUGACCGAGAUAUGAUCGACGGCCUGAAUCUGAAAAAGAACGGCGGUGGAAGUCUGUAAUCUCCGCCCGAACGGCGGCAGCGCCCCCAUCUUCACUAGAAUUUGGGGAAAACCACCAAAUCCGGUGAUCUGACUAUCCUCCUUCGUUCUAAUCUGUUGUUCUUGCUCUAUUCCUGAUAUCUAAUGCUUGGAUUAACGUUUUGAUUGAGAAUGAUCACCCGGAGAAUCGAUUGAAGCUCUGGAAUCCUUCCUGCACCCGCCUGAGUGGAUGAACACUGCUGCAGCGUCGCGUGCCUUCCAGGAGCUAUCACCUGAGAGCGAAUCUGAGCCGGGCCUCUUGGGAGUUCCUUCCUUGGUGUCUUAGGAGUCUCCCGGUGAAAUCUGGCAUUCAUUGGACGAAGGAAAUGACUGGAACAAAGAUCUGAAGCCGAAGCUGUCUGAACCAUUUCCUGUCGUCCUGAACAGAGCUCCACCUUGCGGCGUCCAGCUCCAAAACUGCUCAACGUCUUGCCCAAGGAGGUCUUGUUUGGGCCCAAUCUUCUGGGCGUCCAAACCUUGGUGUGUCAGCUCCCUUCAAACCAAAUUUCAGGAUUUUUGGGUGUCUGGAUCAACGGGAAUGAAUUUUUGAAGACGGACUACUCUGGAACUCGCCUGCGUUCCGUUCUGUUCCUGAACAGAGCCUGUUGACUGUGACAGUUCGGCGCCUUCAGCCUUCAACGACUUGACCUUAGAGGGCUCCGAUUGCAGUGAUUUUUGGAGCGUCCCUUCAUAAUCAUCAGAGGCAGCUACCCACCAAAUUUCAGCCCAAUCCGAGCUGUGGAUGAUUUUUAAUGAUUUUUGGAAGAUCGGCAAAGCCUGAGAAUCCAGAACCUUCACCAGAGAACCAGGGAGCUUAAGCUGUCCAGGACAGCGCGCGUGCUUCGGCGUCAAUCGAAGCUUGCCUCACCCCUUCAUCGUCUAGCUCCAGGGGUUUAAUCCUCAAUCUGGUGACGCCUCUCCACCUUCGAAAUACUGCUCUUAAUCUUUGCCUUUGUCAGUGAUUCGCUCGCCCUUGUUUGAAGUGCAUUGUAGCCCAACGGUGGAAGGUGUUGCGGACAGCAGGGCCUAAUCCAUUGCAGCUACACCGGUUAGGAGACAUAGCUUACGCCGGGCUAAGCGGCGCUUGCCUCCCCCUAAACUCAACAACGAACAGGGGUAGAACGUUCUCACGGUGAAGUCUCCUAACGAUGCUUGGGAAUACUCCGUUUCCUUGCUAUUUUCGACAGUAACCUUCUCUAUUCAUUUUCUGGAGUGUAUUGCUGAGAAGGAGGAGCAGUCCAGCAACCGUGUGCUGAGCUGAUCCCGGGAGAAGAAGGGUGUACGCUGUCACCUUGUCAGCGCUAGCUUCCCCCUACUUCAUCACAGCACUAGGGGUUCCAACGUUUCCAGCUAAGUGCAAUCCCUUCUCCCGUCUUGAGUUGCUGAAUUACAAAACAGUAACUAUGCUGUCUAUGUCUUGAGCAAGGAGGAGAGACCAACUUGAACGGGCACCUCGCUUGCGAAGACCGACGUGCUGAUUACCAAGGGGCUUUGGCCUUUGCCCUUGGUCGCUUGCUGAACUAGCUUCAGCCAGGUAGGCACCCGAAUCACCCUAUAGAUUCGAGGGCGGGUGCACUUGUUUUCAGCCUUGCCUCCGGGCGUGUAGUGCUGGGGUUACCUCCAAAGCUCGAUAGCUAAGGACACGAACCCGGACUACGGACCUUCCUAGGGUGCAUGGUGAUGGUUUGCACGUCCUAGGGAUUGUAUGAAUGGUUUGAUACGAAUGAUGAAUGCUGGAUUGAGUGAGGAAUGAGCUAUUGUUGUACGCUACGCUUGUACGGCCUCGAACCCAACUUGUUGUAGUAGGUUCAGACCUAGUUUAGCAAAGGGUAAACCAUUCCUUGUAUCCUUACCCAAGGGCAUUUGAGCUGGGAUUGUGUCCAGCCGGGGUUGAAAUUUUGUAAGGCCAAACUUGGGCCAGCUACAUUACCACUAAGAGGUCUUGGGAGGUUACGUUCGUCGGCGGCUUUGAGGCGCUACAAGGGCGGAUGUAACAAUCUCCUACGCAGGUGAUUUGGGCGAUCGCUCCCGGGUAAAAGGGGCUAACGCGAAAAUCACCUAGUCUACCAUAAAUGUUCCAGACCAUUCGUGAAUCCACUUGUGUACCUGAUCCGGUCCCAAAGGACACCGCAGGCGCUGUCGGGGAACAGCGAGCACUGCAGGCCGAGGGCCAGGCAGGGAAGGACACGUUGCAUAGCACCUGCCAAACAAAGGCCUUGACAGCAGUCGGAGGCCGAGAAGAAGGCAGUCGCACCGCGUGGACUACAAAUGGCCCAGGCAAAACCGGACGCAGGAGAAGCUGAAAAGACAGCUACGGAAGCACGCGGAACCAAGAAAAAAUGGCCGCUCGCAGUGAAGAAAGGGCACACGAGGGACGGCAGCAAGGUCGAAGGGUGUCAAGUCCGUCGAUCCGAGCUGGUGGUUAACCUAUAGGUCCGCCUAGGAGUUGGCCGAGGACUGCCAACGAUGCCGCCGAUGGCCGACCGGGUGAUGAGACCAGCCAGCUACAAGGCCGGGCGAGCGUCGGCCAAGGGCGCCGAAGGUGGCCGGGCUCGGCCGAAGGUGGCGCGGGCACGGCCGAGGGUGGCGCGGGCCAGCGCACCGUCGAGGGGUUGCCGAGAGAUGAGGGCGCCGAGCGCCCACGCUGAGCGGGGAAAGCACCCGCAGCCACUGACCCUGCUUCCUUUUGUUGUGAGGCUAACGUGUUUUGCAGGGUGCGGGACCGGGACACAAAGGAGGUUACCCGUGGAGAGGCCACGGCCGCGGUUGCCGAUGACGACGCCAAGAGGCCGAAUGCGCCAGCCAUUGUAGAGGAGAUCACGAGCGAGGGUGCUACGCAGCCAAGGGAGGUUGACGAGAUGACAGCCCCACACUCAGCCCAUGCACUUAAACCGAGUGAGGCUAGCCCGUCGAUUGGAGGACUUCAUGCUAGAGCGCUUGGACAAGGUGAGGCCACUCUGCCCACCCAAGCCAAGCCAGACGUACUCGAGCGGAGUGGGCUGGACUUAGCACGCGGGGCUCAGCUUGCUGGACACACCAUGGAGACAGGGUGUUCUGGACAGAGACUGACGAAUUCCAGACUGUCAAACGGAGGACGCACGGACUGGACAGGAACAGGGGUCGUUCAGGCGUUCAGGACAGAGACAGAGCUGACAGACAGGACGGACAGCCACAGGACAGGCACAGAGGAUGUCCUGGCGUCCGGAACAGAGACAGUCCAGGAAACUGAGACGGGCAGAUACGAAGGCCGUCUAGACCGAGUCUAGACGAAGUGGGUUAGGACCCAGGCGAGGCAUCGAGGCAGCACCCAGGAGCGGAAGGGAGACCCGAGUUGGAGUCUUGUUGGUAGGCCGUCUCGGCCGUACCGAUUCACUUUGUACAUGUUUUAUUUCAGCUUUUGCUCUUGUACCGGGACGGUUCAGGGGCGUCCCGAGUCACUUAGCCUUUAUAAGCUAAGUGAUGGAACUUUUACCCUAAGUUUUUGCAUAAUGAAAUAGAGUUCUUCUCUCUCGCACGAGAGUUUGUUCCAUGGAGGCUGAGAAGCUUUCCCCCAUGAAUGCCUGCAACUCCCUUCCUCUCUGAGAAGCCAUUGGCCGGAGAAGACGCCGGAGUGCGGUCGGAAAGUCGAGCAACCAGAGGGCUGGCGCCGGAGGCCAGCACCGGACGCUCGGCUGCGAGUUCUUCCUCUCCCAUUUGCUGAAAACGGAGGUUCUGUGAAGCCCCUGGCCGGAACCGUGGAGAAGACGAUCGGAGUGCUGGUAGCUCGACCACGGAGCUGCUGUGAGGCUGCGUUCGUCAAGGGAGAGCAGCGGAUGUGGCUGCGCUGGUUUCAGCAACGCCUUCCCUGGUGAAAACGACAUCCGGCGGUCUUCAAGAGGUAAGCCUUGAUCUCCCACGGCUUCCUCUCGUUGUCCGUUCGUUCCAGAAGGUGGCUCUAACGCUGCUGACGCCGGAGGUGCUUCUAACUCGUUUGGAAUCCACCGAAGGUAGCUCGGGCGAUUGCUGCUGGCCUGAAGAGUCAUCCGUUCGAUUUCAACGACUGUGAGCAGCGCAUUCGGUUGGGUCCAUUCCGUCCGUCUAACACUGCCAGCAGGAGGUUAAAUCGAAUAGGGACUAAGUGAUUUCUGUAGCAUGUGUUUACUCUUGCUUCUGUAAUGUUAUUGCUGCGAGAAAUCGAGGAGAAACGCAAAGGAAUCGAAAGGAAAAUGAAAAACGGAAUAGCCUUCAACCGGUUUCUGUAAAACAGUCCCUGAACCCUGAUAAAACGCGAAUCUGAAGAAAUACAGAGAGGGUUUUGACGAUCCGACGCUUCCGUGACUUUCCCCUCAUCAAUACGAAACCAACAAACCCGGAAUGAGCCAAAUCCGACAAGAAAUGAGGGAGAUAUCGCAGUUUGAAUAGCCUGGACUGUUUCCCCCAAUUUUGCCGCCGACCAGUCCCUGGAAACCUGCAAAUCUGAAGAAAAUGGUGUACAAUCUCGACGAUCGGCCACUGUGGUUGCCUUCCUAACAUCCUUACGCACAUUUCAAGCUAAGGAGGCCCCAAAUCCAACGUCGGAUGACUGAGAUAUGAUCGACGGCCUGAAUCUGAAAAAGAACGGCGGUGGAAUUCUGCAAUCUCCGCCCGAACGGCGGCAGCGCCCCCAUCUUCAUUAGAAUUUGGGGAAAACCACCAAAUCCGGUGAUCUGACUAUCCUCAUUCGAUCAAUCCUGUUGUUCUUGAUCUAUUCCUGAUAUCUAAUGCUUUGAUUAACAUUUUGAUUGAAUAUGAUCAACCGGAGAAUUGAUUGAAGCGCUGGAAUCCUUCCUUCACCCGCCUGAGUGGAUGAACACUGCUGCAGCGUCGCGUGCCUUCCAGGAGCUAUCACCUGAGAGCGAAUCUGAGCCGGGCCUCUUGGGAGUUCCUUCCUUGGUGUCUUAGGAGUCUCCCGGUGAAAUUUGGCAUUCAUUGGACGAAGGAAAUGACUGGAACGAAGAUCUGAAGCCGAAGCUGUCUGAACCAUUUCCUGUCGUUCUGAACAGAGCUCCAUCUUGCGUCGUCCAGCUCCAAAACUGCUCAACGUCUUGCCCAAGGAGGUCUUGUUUGGGCCCAAUCUUUUGGGCGUCCAAACCUUGGUGUAUCAGCUCCCUUCAAUCCAAAUUUCAGGAUUUUUGGGUGUCUGGAUCAACGGGAAUGAAUUUUUGAAGACGGACUAUUCUGGAACUCGCCUGCGUUCUGUUCUGUUCCUGAACAGAGCCUGUUGACUGUGACAGUCCGGCGCCUUCAGCCUUCAACGACUUGACCUUAGAGGGCUCCGAUUGCAGUGAUUUUUGGAGCGUCCCUUCAUAAUCAUCAGAGGCAGCUACCCACAAAAUUUCAGCCCAAUCCGAGCUGUGGUUGAUUUUUAAUGAUUUUUGGAAGAUCGGUAAAGCCUGAGAAUCCAGAACCGUCACCAGAGAACCUGGGAGCUUAAGCUGUCCAGGACAGCGCACGUGCUUCGGCGUCAAUCGAAGCUUGCCUCACCCCUUCAUCGUCUAGCUCCAGGGGUUUAAUCCUCAAUCUGGUGACGCCUCUCCACCUUCGAAAUUCUGCUCUUAAUCAUUGUCUUUUUCAGUGAUUCGCUCGCCCUUGUUUGAAGUGCAUUGUAGCCCAACGGUGGAAGGUGUUGCGGGCAGCAGGGCCUAAUCCAUUGCAGCUACACCGGUUAGGAGACAUAGCUUACGCCGGGCUAAGCGGCGCUUGCAUCCCCCUAAACUCAACAACGAACAGGGGUAAAACGUUCUCACGGUGAAGUCUCCUAACGAUGCUUGGAAAUACUCCGUUUCCUUGCUAAUUUCGACAGUAACCUUCUCUAUUCAUUUUCUGGAGUGUAUUGCUGAGAAGGAGGAGCAGUCCAGCAACCGUGUGCUGAGCUGAUCCCGGGAGAAGAAGGGUGUACGCUGUCACCUUGUCAGCGCUAGUCUCCCCCUACUUCAUCACAGCACUAGGGGUUCCAACAUUUCCAGCUAAGUGCAAUCCCUUCUCCCGUUUUAAGUUGCUGAAUUACAAAACAGUAACUAUGCUGUCUACGUCUUGAGCAAGGAGGAGAGACCAACUUGAACGGGUGCCUCGCUUGCGAAGACCGACGUGCUGAUUACCAAGGGGCUUUGGCCUUUGCCCUUGGUCGCUUGCUGAACUUGCUUCAGCCAGGUAGGCACCCGAAUCACCCUAUAGUUCCGAGGGCGGGUGCACUCAUUUUCAGCCUUGCCUCCGGGCGUGUAGUGCUGGGGUUACCUCCAAAGCUCGAUAGCUAAGGACACGAACCCGGACUACGGACCUUCCUAGGGUGCAUGGUGAUGGUUUGCACGUCCUAGGGAUUGUAUGAAUGGUUUGAUACGAAUGAUGAAUGCUGGAUUGAGUGAGGAAUGGGCUAUUGUUGUACGCUACGCUUGUACGGCCUCGAACCCAACUUGUUGUAGUAGGUUCAGACCUAGUUUAGCAAAGGGUAAACCAUUCCUUGUAUCCUUACCCAAGGGCAUUUGAGCUGGGAUUGUGUCCAGCCGGGGUUGAAAUUUUGUAAGGCCAAUCUUGGGCCAGCUACAUUACCACUAAGAGGUCUUGGGAGGUUACGUUCGUCGGCAGCUUUGAGGCGCUACAAGGGCGGAUGUAACACGGAACUUGGGAGGCGCAUAAUGUUGAAACGCGAGAUAGAUUCUCGAUCAAACCGAACCGUCGUGGAACAACCGAUAAAAACAAGCAAGAAGCAAACAGCAAAGGCAACGGGGAUCCGUCAAACCGAGCAUCAAUCUCCUA